UUUCCAAUCGCUUCAGCAUCCUUUCUUGCUCAGCUUCACUGUGUGCCGGGGUGAGGACAGGGUGGCUGGGCCUCACCGGCAGCACAGGAGUUCACCUGAGGCUGCAGGCUUCCGCGUGGGCUUCAUGAGGCAGCUGCUGACCCGGCUGGCCCCCCUCCUUCUGCUCCGGCUCCCAGGGCAGGGCGCCAAAGCCUGCAGUGCCAGCGGGUGCUGUUUUCAGGACCCGCCGGAUCCGGAAGCAGACUCAGGCUCGGCUUCAGGCCCCAGGGACCUCAGCUGUUACCGCAUAUUCAGCGCCAAUUACGAGUGCUCCUGGCAGUAUGAGGGCCCCACGGCUGGGGUCAGCCACUUCCUGUGGUGCUGCCUCCAGUCCGGGCGCUGCUGUUAUUUCUCCGUGGGCUCAGCCACCAAGGCGCAGUUCUCCGACCAGGAUGGCAUAUCGGUGCUCCAGGCCGUCACACUCUGGGUCGAAUCUCGAGCCGGGAACCGUACGGAGAAGUCACCUAAGGUUACCCUGAAGAUUCACAGCUCAGUUAAAUAUGACCCUCCGCAGCCAGGAGACAUCAAGGUGUCUAAGUCCGCGGGGCAGCUUCUCAUGAAGUGGGAGACCCCAGCCCGCCAAGACGGCGCUGAGGUCCAGUUCCGGCGCCGGACCCCCGGCAGCCUUUGGAAGUUGGGCCACUGCGGACAUCAGGAUGACGCUGACUUCGAGUCGUGCGUCUGUCCCCUGCAGAUGGACGCAGCCCAGGAAUUCCAGCUACGGCGGCGGCGGCGGCUCAGGCCGGGAGCCCCGGAAGACCCCUGGAGCAGCUGGAGCGGCCCCGUGUGUGUCCCUCCUGGACAUCUCCCACUGCCCAGCUGGAAUUUCUCGGUGGGGGCACUCCACCCAGAUGGGAAGAGGCAGGUGACUCUGGAUGGGCAGCUGCCCCAGCUUGAGCUUCCGGAAGGCUGCCUCAGGUCCAGGUCUGGCGGGGAGGUGACCUACCGCGUCCGCCUGCACAUGCUGUCCUGCCCGUGUAAGCCCAAGGCCACAAAGACCUUGCAGCUGAGAAGGUUCAACCUCAGUAUCUCCGGUGGGGCCUACGACCUGGCUGUCGUCUCCCAGAAUCGCUUCGGGCCCGGCCCCAACCGGACGUGGCACAUCCCUGCCCACAGCCACAGUCACCCAGGGGCUCUGAAUAUCAGUGCCGGAGCCAAUGGCACCACCAUGCGAUGGCCGGCCAGGGCCCAGGACGCGACAUACUGCAUCGAGUGGCAGCCCCAGGGCCAGGACAGGAACCUCACCACCUGCACCCUGACUCCACCCCAGGGUCGGGACCCUACUGGAACGGCAACCUACAGCUGGGACAGAGAAGCCGGGGCAUUGGAGCAGGAGGUGUGCUACCGCAUCACGAUCUUUGCCUCUGCACACCCUGAGAAGCCCAACUCCUGGUCCACGGUCUUGUCCACCUACCACUUCGGGGGCAACGCCCCGGGGGCCGGAAGCCCACAACACGUGCUGGUGAAGACACUCGGCCCGGACUCCGUGUUGGUGGAGUGGACCCCCUCCGUGCUGAGUGCUUGCCCCGGCGUCCUGAAGGAGUAUGUAGUGCGCUGUCAGGAGAACGAUGGCAACCGGGUGUCUGAGCUGUCUGUGAAGCCCACGGAGACCAAGGUCACCCUUGGUGGCCUUCAGGCCGGCACAACCUAUACUGUGCAGGUUCGAGCCAACACGGCGAAUCUGCAGGGUGCCUGGAGCCAACCCCAGCCAUUCAGCUUUGAAGUCCAGGUUUCCCGGUGGUUCGAUUUGUCCAUUCUCCUCGCAUCCCUGGGGAGUUUCGUGAGCAUCCUUCUCCUGGGCGUCCUUGGGUACCUCGGCCUGAACAGGGCCGCGCGGUACCUGUGCCCGCCCCUGCCCACACCCUGCGCCAGCACUGUGGUCCAGUUCCGUAGCAGCCAGGGGAAGCAGGACCCUGUUAGGAGUCAACAAGCGGCAGUGUGUACACACCGUGCAGACAGUUUCAACGGUCCACAGCGCUCACUGACGGUGCAAAUGCCCCUCCUUUGGAAGAGUCGCGCUCAGCCUGAUGUGCUGACAUGCUCAGUGCAGCAAAUGUUUGGUCUUUGACAGCAGGUGAUGUGUCCUAACUGUGUUAACAGUUAAUACUGGGCAAGACAACCAAGGCAAGACCCAAAGCGUACUUGAGAAUGAAGCAAGGGAAAAAAGGAAGGAUUUUGCCACACGUGGGCUGGACCUUGAACUCUGAGCCAAGGAGCUGGACGUUCUCCUGAGGGUGAUGCGGCGCGGCGCUCUGGCCACGUGGGAGGAGGAGAGGAAUGUGCUCUCUGCCUGGACACGGGACCCCACCUCUCCUUCCCUUGGCUGACAAGAGCCAGGAUGAGGAACCUUCUAGGCCUACUCUGGAAGGAAAGGGUGGCGAGAGAUGAUGCUGGAAAACUCUCCCAUUUGGGGGUGGGGGGUUAUGCCGCCCCCCUCCUUUUGGAGGUCCCAUUACAGAGGGGAGGUGGAGGAUGGCCAUGAAGCCACAAUAUGUCGUAGUUAUGAAUUGCCAGAAGUGGAAGGGAGAAUGGCAGCUGUGGUCAGGGAGGCCGAGGGGCCUCUGAGGAGGGGACAUUUGAACUUAGAUCAAGGAGGAGAAGGUGGGGAGCGGGAGUAGGGCUAUCUGAGCAGAAGGAACAGCAAGUGCAAAGGCCCUGAGGUAGGGCUAAAUCUGUUGUGACAGAGGCUGUGGGGCCAGGCUGUGGGUUUGGGGGAGGGUAUGUAAGGGAUGGGCUCUGAGCCUUGUUUCAAGGCUGCCCUGGGGCUGGAGCACUGAGACAUGAGCAAGAAACCCCCAUCCCACUGCCUGGGCCUUGGGAAAUCUCUGGUCCAUUCGACAUAUCAAGCAGACUGGCACUGAACUGCUGUGAGCCAAGGCCAGAAAGACCACAGGCCCGGGCAGGGGAGUUUCCAGAACACACGGGCUUCUGGAUCAAGCGGAAAUGUCUUGCUUGACCUUCUGAACCACAAUUUGGCAGGUCCUAAGGGGAUAAGGCAGCAGGAGUCCCCUCCUGGGGAUCAGGUAUGGCAAACGCACUUGGGUCAUCUCCAGAAAGUCAGCAUGUGGGAAACACGGCCCCGUGUUCCUCUCUGCGCCUCAGCCCUGGCCUGUCUGGAGGGGACAGACAUGGCCAGCCACCCAAUGCCCUCAGCCCAUGGUGUCAGGACUGGCUUAGAGAUAAGGGGUAUCUGAGAUGGGGUUUUGAAGAUGAGUAGAAGUUUGCCGGCAAGCGAAAGGCAUCCCAGGAACAUGGCCCCAGGAGGCCCCAGCUUGGUCCCCUCUGGCCCCUCUGGCUGAGUGACCCCAGACUGUCACUGACCCUCAGGUGUUUCCCCCACUUGAUGUGAGCAAGGACGACGCCUCUAUGAAUUGGCAGAUCUGGCCAGCCCAGGCUUGAAUUCAAGCUUUUCCACUUUCUGGGUGACUCUAGGCGAGUGAGACCCCACCAAGAUUGGCCCCAGUUUACAGGAGAAUAAACCGAGACUUAGAGAGGGAGCCCACACAUCCUAGGAUGCAGAGGGGAGUGAUCAAAGCCGGGGCUGGACUCAGGGAAGGGCAGAGAAAACAGCCAAUAAGUAGGAGGGGAGUGGCUUUCCCAAGGCCAUUAUACUGAGGCCUGAGAGAUGGAGAGGAGUGGAGGGUAGAGUAGCUUGGUUAGUGGGCAUAGCAGGUGCAAAGGCCCUGAGGUAAGAACAUAUUUAGCAGCUCCCAAGAACAGCAAGAGGGACCAAG